AUGCACAACAGAUUUGUGGUAGCGGUGUUCUAUGUCCUCGGUACAGCAUCUGCAGUAGAUAGAUGUUUACCAGGAGAAUCCUGUUUCCCUGACAACCCCGUAGUUGUUAAUUUUGGAGAUACAUUGGAAGGGGAAUUAUUGCUUCCAUAUAUGCCAGAAUAUGCCCAGAAUGUGAUCACGCGAGACAUGGUUUGGACCAAGUUUCCUAUAGGAAUAGUGGUAGCCAAAUCAACGCUCGAUGUCCAAAAAGCGGUCUUGUUUGCCCGAAAAUACAACGUGCUGGUUUCCAUUCGCUCGUCUGGACACGACUUCCUUGGAAGAUCCACAGCACACGGGAGUCUUCAAAUUCUUCUGGGAAACAUGACGGAAACUUCAAUUAAUUUGACGUCAUCAAGAAAUCCUGCAGGAGAAAUAACUUGCGAAAGCGGAAACACUUGGCUUAAAGUUUAUGAGGAAGUCGACAAGGUUAAUCGUGUUAUAGUCGGUGGAAGUGCUCACACUGUGUGUAUGGGUGGCUAUACUCUUGGAGGUGGACAUAGCCCCAUGUCGAGGACAUUCGGGCUGGCCGUUGAUAAUUUGUUAGAGGUAGAAAUGGUGGAUGCCGAGGGACGCAUCAUCGUGGCCAAUGAACAUAUGACACAAAUCAAAUAUUUAAAUGACUCCAUUACAAAAAGCGAUAACAACGACAUCUUCUGGGCCUUACGGGGAGGAGGAGGUGGAACGUAUGGUAUAGUAACCAAGUUCACAUUUAAACUGCAUUAUCCAGCAUCUGGAGUAGUAACAUUUGGUUGUUCUUAUCCCAUCGUGCGAAAUGACAAAACAGAAAUUGGUCACAUUGUUCUAAAGAAGAUAGUGUCCAUGUUGAAAAACAUGCCAACAGAAUGGGGCGGAUAUCUGAUAGCCUUUGGUACAUUUAACUCGGACCUCUCAUGGGGUACCAUAUCCCUGGCCAUGAAUCAUUAUGGGUCUUAUGAUGCACCAACGAGAUCCUAUAUGGAUGAAUUGAAAAAUUUUCACCCCGAAUGGCAAAGGGGAUGUGAUUAUCAACGCAUGAAUACAUUUUUAGAGUACGAAUCUACUCCAAAGGACCCGCCGUAUUUGAGCACAUUCCUUCUGAAUACUCUAAUGCAAAUGGACAGUUUUACGGAUGAUUGGAUUCGGUAUAUGCUUACAGCUUUAGGGACCAAACUUCCCCAACCGGGAUUUUUGUCAUUUACAGGAAUUCUACUAGGAGGAAAGACAUCGGCGGUAGGAAUUCAUAAUACAUCCGUGCACCCUGGGUUUAGGUCAGCUGUUAUGUCGUUAUCCAUGGGUAUCACUCCAAUAACUCAAAAUACUACAGGACUACGAGAAAAGGCUGCAGAAAUGGCCCCUUCUCUGGCAACCUACGGAAAUGGCCAGUACCCCAACGAAGCAAACGCUGAUUUAAAUAACUGGAAAGAAGAAUUCUGGGGCAGCAAUUACAAUCGACUGCUGAGAAUCAAGCAUUAUUGGGACCCUGACAAUUUUUUCACAUGUCGAGAGUGCGUUGGAUCAGAUGAGAUGCCUGUUCCUAGUCAUGGUCAAGGCAGCAAAAGUGAAGCUCACUCAGUGUUUGGAAAGUGAACACAGAAAGUCCUUCACCCUUGAUAUGUGCACAUGUAAAACUCUUUUCUUGCAUUAAAUUGAUAUUUAAUAGUUUUCAGAGCUUUAUUAAUGUUUCUUGCUUUUUUUUUCUUCUGUAAAACAAUUGUUUAA